AUGGGGCUACCAACCACCACGGAGCUACCAACCACCACGGAGCUAUCAACCACCACGGAGCUACCAACCACCACGGAGCUACCAACCACCACGGAGCUACCAACCACCACGGAGCUACCAACCACCACGGAGCUACCAACCACCACGGAGCUACCAACCACCACGGAUCUACCAACCACCACGGAGCUACCAACCACCACGGAUCUACCCGACACCACGGAGCUACCAACCACCACGGAGCUACCAACCACCACGAAGCUACCAACCACCACGGAGCUACCAACCUCCACGGAGCUACCAACCACCACGCUUUUUGAGUGGUGGUGUGACUGUCUAUCAACCACCGCAGAGUUACCGAUCGACCCGUGGUGGUGGUGUGACUGUACCACGGAGCUAUCAACCACCACGGAGCUACCAACCACCACGGAGCUACCAACCACCACGGAGCUACCAACCACCACGGAGCUACCAACCACAACGGAGCUACCAACCACCACGGAGCUACCAACCACCACGGAUCUACCAACCACCACGGAGCUACCAACCACCACGGAUCUACCCGACACCACGGAGCUACCAACCACCACGGAGCUACCAACCACCACGAAGCUACCAACCACCACGGAGCUACCAACCUCCACGGAGCUACCAACCACCACGCUUUUUGAGUGGUGGUGUGACUGUCUAUCAACCACCGCAGAGUUACCGAUCGACCCGUGGUGGUGGUGUGACUGUACCACGGAGCUACCAACCACCACGGAGCUACCAACCACUACGGAGCUACCGACCACCAAGAGGUUGUGGUGGUGGCUACAAACCACCACGGGGCUACCAACCACCACGGGGCUACCAACCACCACGGAGCUACCAACCACCACGGAGCUACCAACCACCACGGAGCUACCGACCACAACGAGGUUGUGGUGGUGGCUACCAACCACCACGGGGCUAACGACCACGGAGCUUUCAACCACCGCGAAACGACCAACAACUCCAGGGUUACCGACCACAGCAGAGCUACAAGCCACUACAAUAUUAACCGAGCCUAGCGAGGAUGCUGAUAACGUGUCUCCAAUUCUCAUCUGCCCAUCAAAUGCUGAAGUAACUCUUGAUGCUGGAGUAAGCAGUGCUAGAGUUGAAUGGUCACCAGAUCUACCGUCUGGUAGCGAUAAUGUUGACGGAAUUAUCGACACUGUCGUGUGUAGAGACGAGGGCAAUGCAUUAGUGGUAUCAGGUGGUGUUUACGCAGAGGGGGUAACGAUAGUGACAUGCACAGCCAGAGAUUCAUCUGGAAACGAAGGAACGUGCAGAUUUACUGUCAUAGUUCAAGAUGCGGAUACUGGAAAUAACACUGCUAUUAUUGCAGUGAUUAGUGUUCUCAGCACGCUGUUAGUCCUUGUGGUCACAGUUUUCAUUGUGCGUUACGUCAAGGCAAGGAUUCAACUGAGAACACAGAAUGCUGAGGGUGUGAACUCGUCAGAUAUUGAAAUGAAUUUAACCACUGUUUAUGAAGACAAGAUCACCCCAGAGGGUCAAACAUCUACUGUUUAUGAGGAUGUCGGCCUCCCAUCCUGGGCCGGUAUGUGGGAAAUCCUGUGGAGCAAUCUAGGUGUUGAUGAUCACGUCCUUGGCAGUGGUAACUUUGGAGAGGUCCGAUUGGGUACUGUGCUUGUUGGUGGGAAGAAGACCCGAUCUGCUAUCAAGAUACUCAAAGGACAAGCCUCAGCUAGUGAACGUGCCGACUUUAUGGACGAAUUCCGUACCAUGUCCUCCAUCGGCCACCAUGAAAAUGUGGUCUCACUGCUCGGUGCUUGUCAGCAUGACGACGUCCUGUACGUCGCUCUAGAGUAUCUUCCAAACGGUGAUCUGCAAAGCUAUCUGAGAGCGAAUUUUUCGACGUCCAACUCUAAGGCUGCAUUGACGUCAGACCAGCUUGUCACAUUUGCUGUGGAUGUUGCCAAGGGAAUGAAACACCUCGCUGAAUCAGGGGUUAUACAUCGCGAUUUAGCAGCGAGAAAUGUUCUGCUUGGGGAAGGAUUAAUCGCAAAGGUUUCCGAUUUUGGCCUGUCGCGUGGAGAGGAUAUCUAUGUUCAGACGUCAACUAGACGUGUUCCUACCCGCUGGCUGGCAAUGGAAUCUUUAAGACACCAGACCUACACUACUCAGAGCGAUGUGUGGUCGUUUGGGAUCCUGUUAUGGGAAAUAGCAACCCUCGGUGGAACCCCGUAUCCAGAUGUCAAGAAUGCACGAUUUUUAGCAGACCUGUUGAAGGAAGGAUAUCGCAUGUCUAAACCAAGAAACUGUGACGAUGAAAUAUACAACAUGAUGAUCCUGUGCUGGAACGAUGAUCCGAACAAAAGACCUACGUUUACUGACCUGGUAUCCAUCUUGAGUAAGAUGGAUGCAAAUAAACUAGAACAUACCUACAUGGCCGUGGAUCCAAAAACAUAUGAAAACGUGGUUCGAUUGGAGCUCGACGACAAUUAAGCCAGAUACCGUCACGUUAGCAAAGUGUGUUCACGUGAGUGAUGAUGAGAGGGCUAGGGCAACCUGUCCAAAUGUUUUUAGUUUUUCUUCCUUUCGAUCCAUAAAUGUAGUAAGAAACCUAUUGUAGUUUGUAUCGGCAUUAAGUUAGUAGCUGCGGCCCGAGCUGCUACGACAGAAAUACGUUUUAUAGUGGGCAGUCAUUUAUACUUCGGCAUAAAGUCAGGAUUUGAUGUUCAUUCGUAGUGUUUAUUUCAUUCUUGAACCAAAUGAUUCUCUCAAACAAAUAAGGUCAUCCAUGGUGUAAAUAUUGUAAUCGGCUAUUGGUACUGAUUGAAUUGUCUGUCAUCCAUUAUUAUCCGUGUUCAUGCAGAUUGGUCUUAAGCAGCUUCUCUGAAUUAUAGUUCACGAGCCACUUUUUCCCCGGUGAAUUAAAUCCAUAAUAGUUUAAUGAAUAUUAAAAUUUAAGGUAAAACAUUUGCACUUGUUUACACAGACAUAUUUUCAGUUGUAUUACUUAAAUUCAGAGACAUUUCAAAUAAGAGGUUCAUUGUCAAAAUAUAUACACCUAGGGUAGGAGGACUUCAGACGACGGAAUACACUUAGAAAAAAUUACAUUAUGCUUAUGAUAAAAAAAUCGCGAUCUAAAAUCGUGAAAUGUAAGCCUUCGAAAAGAUCGAGUUAUGACAGAAGUGACUCCUUUUCAAACUACAUAGGCCUAUAUUUCAAUCUUUGAUCGGUUUUCACUCUGAAUCUAUUCCCUAGUUUCACUCCUUGGAAUUCGAUGUGGGCAAUUCCAUGAUAAUUCACGUUUCAUUUGGAUUGGGUUUCCCGUUUACUCUGUGCUAUUAUUUUAUAAAGUCAAAGCAUUAAGGGUAGGUUUUUCUCACAGAAGUCCCUUGCAAUUAAGUGACUAAGCUACCAAUACGGCAAUCAAAAUAACAUCCUGUUGGUUUAGCAAUACUUUUUUUUUUAUCGGUAACUCACGUUACAAGAAAAGGACAUGGCAACAAUUUAAAUACCCUGCAUUUGAAAGUUUCCCCUGCGCACUGAUGGGGGGAACAAUCGGUUUAGUGCCCUGACAUCAAUAUGAUACAAGUCAUAUCCUACCAUUUCAAUUAUUAAAAAAAAUAAUUGAUUGAUCGAUUAUAUAAAAAAAAAAAGCUAAUAGAUUUCAAUUUUAAAAAAAAUAUUCAAUCAGAAAUUUCUAGAGGGAUAUAUUGCGGGAACUCACGUUCAAGUUUGUCCGCCCGUCUUUGGUAAAAAAAAAAAGAGUAUUUGGUAGAGUUAAUACCUUGAUUCUUGAAUUGUUGGUCGUAGUAUCACCGUGUUGUGUUCGCCCAAGCCAUUCAUACUUCUCCUAGAAACGAUGAGUCUGUAUUUUAAGAUUUUUCUCGCUUGUGGAUUUGCACAAACACAUGAACUUAUUGUACUCUUUCAUGGAAUUGUAAAUAAGUAGCCUCCAAUAAAUAGACUCCAUUGUGGCUCGAAUGUUUCAACAUUGAUAACUCUGUAUGUGAAGCAGCAGACAUUAUACUAACAUAUUAGUUGUAUUAGUUACGAUUUAAAUCUUGUUUAAAAUUUAAAGGGGAUAUGCUUUGUUCAAUAAUAGUGUACUUGUUUGAACUCUUUUUUUAUACACGUUUAAGCUUUAGGCGUAUGUUAUAUUCAGUUUUGUAUCAAGCCUUAUGGUAAAGUUAUAAAGAUAUUCGUGAAAUGUUUAGAUUAAUCAUAAGUAUGCAGUUUCGUUGAUAAUAAUAUUCAGCCAGAUAUAUAUUAUUUAAGCUCUUAAUACGUCCAGAAAGAAAA